CACGAGCGUCGACACUUCUUGGAUAGCAUGUCUAUUUCUCAACUGGUGCAUCUUUGGUCUGGGUGCGUUCCUCGUUUCCUUUACGCUUCCAGCACUGUCUGAAGGCCUCCAUCUGUUCGUCUUAGUUAGCUGGCGAUGAAGGAGCCAAAGAAUCAAGGCCGGAGAAUAUAAGACUGGUGCCAACCAAGACCAGAUUACCAGUGAUCUUGACUGACGUUGGGUUCAGCACUCACUUCAUUCUUACACGCUCGCCAAUCUUUUUUAUCAUAGUAGCAAUCGUUCAUUCGAAGUUGUUCCUCUGUACAUGCAUGUCAGAAUUGCCUCCGUUAGGUGUAUACGGACCCAAUCACCAGCACAGCCUGUACUGAAUAUCCGCUGGUCCCUAGUCGUGUGGUCAAUACCGCUUCUUGAAUGAAACCCAAGUGGGUGAAAAGCUACCAUUCAUCGAGUUCAUCCUCGCCGACGUCGGCCUCAGCUGUACUCUCCUGCUUCGACAUUGUUGUGUUGGUGUUGGACAGUGACACGGCUUGCUGGAUUGGAGGCGAGAAAAAGUACCUAUUUGGCUCUCCAAACAUUGAUGGUCGUCUGACAUACUCGGCUUCUUGACCUCAUUACCAAAACAGCUACCGAGCAAGGAAACACGCCACCAACUGCCACCGCCAUGGCUUCUAAACGGAUGAAUGUCCUUGUUUACUCUGGAAACGGCAGCACGGUUGAAUCCGUUCGCCAUGCUCUGUACACGCUUCGGAAGCUGCUUUCACCCAACUAUGCCGUGAUCCCCGUCACUGGUGACAUGCUCAUCAAAGAACCAUGGACGGCAAGUUGUGCUGCGCUGGUCUUUCCCGGCGGUGCCGAUCAGGGAUAUUGCAACACUCUGAAUGGAGAGGGAAAUCGACGCAUUCGCCAGUUCGUCGAACGCGGCGGCGUCUACAUUGGCUUCUGUGCCGGUGGUUAUUACGGAAGCCAAAGAUGCGAGUUCGAAGUUGGAGACAAACUGCUCGAAGUCGUGGGUGACAGAGAGCUGGCAUUCUACCCCGGUAUAGCGCGCGGAUGUGCAUUCCCGGGCUUCGUUUACCACAGCGAAAAGGGAGCUCGUGCCGUGGAACUACAGGUCGAUAAGGUGGUAUUAUCAGCAGGCAACGUCCCCAACGUGUUCAAGUCCUACUACAACGGGGGUUGUGUCUUUGUGGAUGCUCCGCGAUACCAGUCGAAGGGCGUUGAGGUUCUGGCAAGUUAUACGGAGCCUCUCAGUGUGGAUCCCGGAGAAGGUGCAGCAGCCGUUGUGUAUUGCAAGGUUGGUGAGGGAGCAGCAUUGUUGACCGGCCCACACCCAGAAUUUGCUUCUGCCUUGCUCGAGCCCAAACCGGAUGACGAUGCCCCUGGCUUUUCGGACGUUAUCAAAGCACUGGCCGAGGAUGAAGGCCAACGAAUCAAUUUCGUCAAAGCAUGCUUGACCAAAGUCGGACUCACGGUGGGCGAGGAGCAAAAAGUACCCUCCCUUUCCUAUAUGCACCUAUCUGCGUUGCAGCCCAAAGAUACGGCGGCUAUUGUGUCAUCGUUGGGCCAUCUCAUCGAAAAGGAUGAGCGGGGCGACGAGUUCAUCAAGGAUGACAAUGACACUUUCCAGCUUGUCAAGCCGUCCGCUUGGAAGAUGGGUGACCUGGCACAAGCUCUUCCCUCUCAGACCGCAGAGACAAAGGAAUCUGCUGACCAGGACAACGGCAACGGCAGCUCCAGUUCAGACCUGAUCAUCGACUAUAACAAGGUUGUCAAACAGAUCAUCGUUCAUGACGAUGGAUACCCUUCCUCUCAGCUAACGCCCUACUUCAACCACGAGGACUUUUACGCCAACCUGGAGACCUAUCAGACACAGAUGCGUGGCACCGCCAGCAGCUUCGGCACCCAUUUGCUCUAUGGAGAAGUGGUAACUUCAACCAACACUUUGCUGGAGAAGAACACGAAGAUAUUACGCAAUCUACCGCAAGGAUUCACCGCUACGGCGACGGUUCAGGUAGCAGGCCGAGGGCGAGGAUCGAAUGUCUGGGUUUCGCCGGCCGGGAGCCUCAUGUUCAGCACUGUUAUCCGACAUCCCAUGGCUCAGAUGCAGUCUGCACCCGUCGUCUUCGUGCAGUAUUUGGCCGCAAUGGCUAUUGUCCAGGGUAUCAAGUCUUACGAUGGCACUCGCUACCAAGCGAUGCCGAUCAAGCUGAAAUGGCCCAAUGACAUUUUUGCUUUGGAUCCUACCAAGGCCAAGGAGAAUGGCGGCGACCGAAACGAAAAUUACACAAAGAUUGGAGGGAUCCUGGUUAACAGCCACUACAACACAAAGGAAUAUAUUGCUGUGUGUGGUGUCGGACUCAACACUUCCAAUACGGCACCCACCACCUCGCUCAACCAGCUCACGCAGUUGUUGCCCAAAGAUGUAUCUCCACUCACUCUGGAGAAGCUAUUGGCCCGCAUUCUGACGGUAUUUGACGAUCUGUACGCCCGGUUCUUGAGGACAGGUUUUGACGACGCCAUGGAAAAAAUGUACUACGAGCAUUGGCUCCACAUGGACCAGAUUGUAACCUUGGAAGCUGAAGGUGGCCAACGAGCACGCAUCAAGGGGAUCACCAGGGACUAUGGGCUGUUGAUUGCAGAAGAGCUCGGAUGGGAAGACCGCGAGACAGGGCGCAGAUGGACCCUGCAGAGUGACUCUAACAGUUUUGACUUCUUCAAGGGUCUGGUAAAGAGAAAAAUAUAGAAGCAUUACGGCCAUCACCGCCCCGGGAGCAUCUGAACCACCGGGUUACCCACUUUGGCCUGCGCGCGGCGUGAAGCUCCUGCAAGACGCUUGAUCUAAGACCUGGUCGGCCACUUGUUCUUGGGUCUCCUCAGCCAGAAAGCCGCAGGUGCAACUCAGGUGCUUCAAGAGCGUGCCAAGAGUGCAAGUAAGCGUCAAGGACAAGAAGCUCGCUUGAGCGCAACAAGUGAAUGGAAUUUCCCAGCUUUGGUCGACAUCACACCUUAUGUUCGCCUGCCACUGUGCACAAGUCGAGUCACACAGCAUAACUCCUUUCUCGGACUUGCUCAAGGCAUAGCACAUGCAACAGCUAUCAUGUGUCUCGGCAACCAGCGGUCCUUGAACGAGGUCUGGCUUGCCCCUUGCCAAGCCCACAGAACGGGAAGCAAAUGCUUGACGGGACAGAAGGCGAGCAAGUCAUCAAGACUGUUGGGAAAGCAGCCUCCAAGCAGAGUGUUCAAGUGGGAACAGAGGCCGUCCGCAAGCAAACAUGGUGCCCACAGAUCAGAAGGGCGACUAAAGACACUCUCACCUGGAGAGUCAACGCAAGCCAUUGCAAGGAAUGCCUCGUGGGCGGCCGCCUCCCGACCUUUUAGCUUGGCUUUGCUGCAUAUCAUCGGCGAUCGCAGGUAACAGCCCCUAUUCAGGUCAACAGUGUCUCGGAGCUCUCCAGUCACUCGUGGUCAUAUCUAGCGACGAGGGGCAUUUUCGGUGUGAUGGGGUAUUUGGAAGCUGCGUGACAUACACAGUCCGAAUAAGCCCACCACACGAUAUGUAGGAGAAGAUCAACGCGGUCACUUCGCACAGUGGUUGUCUAUACCUAUAGCCCCGCUGCAGACGGGAGCUCAAUGGCCUGUCAGAUGGGCCACUUUAUCACCGCCUUUUGCUUUUCCAUGGCGCUGUCGACAUGUCCUGCUAGAUGUGGAGGGAAUUAUAGGCAGUCUCCACUCGCAGCAACCGUUCAUACCACUACCCUCAGACUGCUGCUCGAUACGUGACAGGCUUUUGAGAGCCCCAAACAGAGUCGGACAACAGGCGCAGUCAUCUUGAGCGAUAUCUCCGUAUAGCGCGACGCUAUCGUUUGUUGCCGCAUCCCUUCGUUUCGGAGGUUGAUCAUCCGCUCGCUUCGUACUGUAGCCUUGAUGCAUAGCUGGUGCUAGAUACGAGGCACGAAGUAUUAGUAACGAAAUGGGAAUGUCAGGGCUGGAAGUGGCGUUCGGAUAGCUGGUUCCGCUAGGCAGUGCCGUUGAAGGGAACUUGCGUCGAUUGGCAUUCCGACAGCUCGCCAUGCAGCUCAAGCCUACACCUGCUCCUUGAGUACUGGAUUUACCUGCUCCCUGAGCGGGCUUGUGGACGUUCCCAACCCCUGGCCGGCAUACACGGAGGAGGCCUGGCGUGCCUGUGCUAUGUGACGAGUCACGUUCCACCUUGGAUUUGAAGGGAGCAUGAUCGUGGAGUCUGCCGAGUGACCAUGGACAGGGCAAUAGCUGUAAGGUUCGGUGGAGGCGCAAUUGUCCCAGCUGACCCUGCUUCGAAUUGAGGGUGAAAGUUGUCAGGCUGAAGCGAUGGGCGCCUUUACAAGGAAGACACUCGACGAGUGAAACUGCAAUACUGCGUUGUACACAGCAGGCAGCAAAGGGACGCUGAGGUGUGCUUUACUGGCAACCAUGGGAUGUUGGACAGAGAUUUUAUGGUCAGAGACGUUACUACUACUAUAGCACCUGCUAGUAGUAGGUAGGUGGUAGAACCGCGCAGAGUAGCGGUGAUUUGCAAGCGCGCGCUACAAUAAAAUGUACAGUCGUACCUGCCAGCCUGAGUGGUAAGCACCGACGCGUGUAAGCACGUG